AUGGCAGAGAAUUCCCCCCGAAACUGCCAAACCUGUGACCGAACGGUCCUACCGGCGGACGACAACAUACAGUGCGGCCUCUGCAAGUUGUGGGAGCACGCGGAAUGCGCUGGCAUCGACAUGCAUACCCGACAGCCGGGUGUUUUAUAUGUGUGCGGUAAAUGCUCGUUGCAGGGGAAGUCCGACCACUUGAAAGUACCCGAGAUUGGUGGCCGCACGACUCGAUCAAGUUCCAAACCAGGAUCUAAGGCAAGUUCUAAGGUAGGAUCGAAAAGAAGUUGUGAGAAGGGAAAAUCGAAUCCUGGUGGCAGUGUAACGUCGAGUGUACGUGCUGCAAUAUUGACGGAGCAGCUGAAACUCGUCGAGGAAGAGCAGAAGAUGCAGGAACUAGCCCUCCAAGAAGAGCAGAAUGUUCGGAACCGACUGUUGGACGAAGAAGAACGCCAAUUGGAGGAGAAAAAGCGUCUUCGAGAGCGAAGAUUAAAGGAGGAGUUAGAAUUGAAGCGAAAAGAGCAGCAGAUUAGGAAGGAAUCUUUAGAAAAGCGGCAAGCGCUCAUCCGGCAGAUAGCAGAGGCUAGUAGUAGAGGUGGUUCCAUCGUCAACUCAAACCAGAUGGUGGCAGAUUGGUUAAUUGGUUAA